AUGAAGUCAAGAAGAUCAGAGAAUCCGCCACAUGUCAAACCAUGGACAGAAGAAGACACAUCAAACUUAUCUCCACUUUCUAUUGUCCCUCAACAAGGGUCAAAGGAAGAAGAUAUGAUUGACAAGUUGCCAGGCCAACCACAAGUCGAUUUUGAUCAUUAUUCAGGCUAUGUAACAGUCGAUUCAAAGGUGGGAAAGGCGUUGUUUUAUUACUUUGCUGAAUCACCUCACAAUUCUUCAACCAACCCUCUUGUCCUAUGGCUCAAUGGAGGGCCAGGAUGCUCGUCGUUUGGAUACGGAGCCAUGGAAGAACUUGGACCCUUCCGAGUCAACAGUGAUGGGAAAACACUCUACCGCAAUGAUUAUGCAUGGAACAAUGCGGCUAAUGUGCUAUUCUUGGAAUCGCCUGCUGGAGUGGGUUUCUCGUAUUCAAACACAUCGUACGUGACAGGAGACAAGCAAACAGCGAAAGACUCAUACACUUUCCUCAUCAACUGGCUUGAAAGAUUCCCGGAAUACAAAACCCGAGAUUUCUUUAUUACAGGUGAAAGCUACGCAGGUCACUACGUACCUCAACUCGCAUCCCUCAUUCUCUCAGAAAACAAGAAAACUAACGGAACAGUCAUUAAUCUUCGUGGGAUUGCGAUUGGGAAUGCUUGGAUUGAUGACAAUACAUCUUAUGAAGGGAUGUAUGACUACUAUUGGACACAUGCCCUAAACUCUGAUGAGACAAAUGAAGGUAUCAAGAAGUAUUGUGACUAUGUUACUGGGAACUUUUCUGAGGAGUGCUACAAGUAUCAAGACCAAGGAGACGGUGAAUAUGGUGGAAUUGAUAUUUACAACAUUUAUGCACCACUUUGUCAUCAUAAUACUACACAAAAAUCUGGAACCACCGGAUCCAUCACGACCUUUGAUCCUUGCUCUGAUGAUUAUGUCUCCUCAUAUCUGAAUCGAGCAGACGUGCAAGAAGCUCUUCAUGUCCGAAAUACCUCAUGGGCAUUUUGCGCUGGUAUUGGAAUGAUAGACAGCCCAACAACCAUUUUGCCUACUAUCACUCAACUUAUUGAAAAUGGAAUUAGUGUCUGGAUAUACAGUGGUGACACAGAUGGACGGGUCCCAGUAACAUCCUCAAGGUACUCGGUGAAUAAGUUGAAGCUUCCAGUAGAGACUGCUUGGAGACCAUGGUACUAUAAUAAAGAGGUGGGAGGAUAUGUGGUAGGCUACAAAGGGGUUAUACUUACCACAGUAAGAGGCGCAGGGCAUGCAGUCCCUAGUUACCAGCCAGAAAGAGCAUUGCUCUUGAUUUCAUCAUUUCUUCAUGGAAAACUUCCGCCAUCUUUGGCUAAAUAACCA